AUGUGGUUGCAUGCCACCCUCACCGAUGACCUCCUCGACAUGGUGAUGGACGACGACAUCACCGCGCACGGCGUCUGGACCAAGAUCGGCGCUUUCUUCCUCGGCAACAAGUCCAGUCGUGCCGUCCAACUUGAACAGGAGCUACACAACCUCUCUCAAGGUGACAUGUCCGCUGAUGCUUAUUGUCACCGCCUGAAGACCCUUGCAGACGCCCUUGCAGACUGUGAUCAACCUGUGCGGGAUCGCGCCCUCGUCCACCAGCUGAUCCGUGGGCUCAACCCGAAGUACCAUGUGCUUCGCCAGCUGCUGCCGGCCAUGCCUUCCUUCCCCACGUUCAUGGAGGCCCGGGAUCAGCUCAUCGUCACCGAGAACACUCUUGCCUCCUCGCCCGCCCCAACGCAAGAGACGACGCUCACCAACACCGACACAACCAACGCCUCCACCAACGCGCCCACUCCGCGCCAAGCACCUGACCGCGGCUCGUCCUACUCGUCUCCGCGCGGCCACGGCGGGCCUCGCGGUAGGGGGCGCGGACGCGGUGGCCGCGGCACCGUCAACGGUCGUGGCCAGAACGGCCACCCGGCCUGGAUGCAUCAAAUUCCGCCGUGGGUUGCGUCCUGGCUCACGUCAGCCUCCGCGUGGCGCUCGCCGUGGACCGGUGCUACUGGACCCGGUGUCCUUGGAUCCCGGCCUCCCGUCGGGCAGGCCUACAACGCUGGCUUCGUGCAGCCUACGACUCAGCUUGCGCCGCCAGCUGCUCCCUCCUUCGACAUGACUGGUCUUCUCCAGGCCCUGCAAGCUGCUGCUCUCCCUCAGACCUCUUCUCAACAGGAGUGGUACAUGGAUACCGGAGCCAGUGCCCACAUAUCCGGCGAUGCAGGAUCUUCACAGCAGGAAAGUGGUUAUGAGGUCCAGUAG